AUGAAAAAUAAUUUUUACUUAAUUGCAAACUUUGCUAGAAGUUUUGACAUCUUUCACUAUAACAGUAAUAUACCUCAUUUAGUUUCUAGUAUUUUUUAUACUGAAGAAUUAAAAAGAGAAAAAUUUGAAAACAUUCCUUUAGACAAAGAUAGAAAUUUAAAUAUUAUAUAUAUAAAGGACUCCGAUAUUAAUAAUUUAAGUCUUACAAAACCUAGAGAUCAUAUAAAUAUAAUUGAAAUACCUAAAAUUUAUUUAUUGAAAGAAAUAUUAAACAGUGAUGAAAAUAAUGAAAUAGAUCCUAAAUUAUUAAAUAAAUUAAGAGGUCAAAAAGUGUUUAAAGAAAUAAUUGAUUCUUUAUUAAGUGAUUACCAAAAUUUUGAUAAAAUAAAAAAUAUUAAUCUAAAUCAAUAUAUCUUUAUAUUUGAGAAUUUAAAUUGGUUUACUGUACAAUUAAUAUUUAAAAAUUUAAAUAUUGUAUUAAGUGGAGGUACUUUAAAUAAAAGACAUAUAGUUUCUACGACAAAUUUUAAUUUAAUUAAGUUUUUAAUUUCAUUAGAUUUUAAAGAUAAAGAUAUUUAUAAUAGUUUUAGUCAUUUUUAUAAAUAUGAAAGCAGCAAAGAAAUAAAUUUAAAUAAAAAUCAGAUCCUUAAUAUGGAUAAAGCAUUAAUGUUAAAAAUUAUUAAAGAUCUAAAUAAUCUAAUUUCUUCUGAAGUAAAUACAGAUUUAAAUACAACAAAGAAAGAAAUUAAUACUUUAACUCAAAAUGUGAUUAACUUAGAGCAGGAAAAGUUAGAAUUUAAAAAUAAAAAAAUACAAUUAAAUAAAAAUCUUAAAGAUUCUAAAAAAUUAAUUUCUUUGGAUAAAAGCAUAGAAUCUUUAAAUACAAGAAUAAAAGCUCUAGAAGAAACUUUAUUAAAUUUUGAAAAUUUAAUAAAAUAUUUUUAUAAUCGAGAAGAGGUUACAUCCAAAUUAAAUUUUGACGAACUAAGAGAAUUGUAUAUCGAAGAUUAUUUAAAUCUUAGAACAAAUCAUUUAAAGAAAAAAAUAAAAGAGAGUUUUCAAACUAAUCAUAAAAAAAUAAAUAAAAUUAAAAACCCCACUCCAAAUUAUUCAAAUCUAAGAAGAUUCAGUAGUUGAACUAGUUUAUUAAAAAAAAAUAUUAUUAAUAUUAAUAAUAUUCAAGAAAGAAAAUUUUCUACUUCUAAAUUAAAUUUAAAUAUUGAAAGUUCUAAUUCUAAAUUCUUUACAGAUAAAAAAUUUAAUCUUAAUGAUAUAAAUUCUAGAAAUCUUUUUUUAAAUUAUUUAGAUGAAAUAAUUAAAGAUGCUCAUUUAGACCCUAUAGGUUCUCAAAAUAAAUUAGAAACUAAAUGGACUGAAUAUUAUUUAGAAAAAUCAAAUAGUUUUGAAAAAACUAGUAAAUAUAAUUUUAAAACCGUAAUAAAUAAAUCAUUAGAAACAUUAAAUUUAAAGAACAAAACUAAGACUUUUAAGAAAAAAUUUCCUUUAUUUUAUGAUAAAAUAACUAAAGAUCAUUUAAUAAUAAGCUAUAGUAUUAUUACUACAUUUUAUGAAAAAUUAGGAUUUACUGCUAUUGCUUUUAAAUUAGCGAAUGAUAUUUUAUUUAAUAUUUAUGCUGAAGAGUGGAAAACUAAUAUUAAAGAUAAGUAUAUUCCUUUCCAAAUGUUCCUUUCAGCUAAGGGUAUAAAUGAUAUAACUAAAUUAAACUUAGGUAAUUUUUUUAUUGAAAUCUUUUGUAGUAAACCCACAAAUUUAUUUGAAAGAGUAUAUAAAGAAACAGAUAGCCUAGAUAAUUUAGAAUUCAGUGAAAAUGAUUUAGCUAAGUUAGUAGUUAAUGAAGAAUAUUUGGAUUUUAUAAAUAAAAAUUUUAUCCUUUAUAAUCAUUCUUUACCUAUGUUAUGUAAACCUAAUUUAUGAAAUGAGAAAGAAUAUGGAGGAUUUUUAGAUAAUAAAGAAAAAAUGAAUAGUGUAAUAACAGGCUCUAUCCAUCAAAAUCAUUCAGUAGAAUCUAAAGAUGAAUUAUAUAAAAGUAUAAAUAAAUUAAAUAGUGUAAAAUUAAAAAUUAAUAAUGAAUUAUUAACUUAUUUAGAAAGUGAAGGUCUGUAUAUUUUAAAUUAUUAUUUUAAAAAUAAAAUAAAAGAUCAAACAGAUUAUAAUCAAAACUUAAUCACUUUAAAAUUAGCUAAUUCGUAUUCUAAAUAUCAAAAUCCUAUAUAUAUCAGUUGUAAUGCUGAUUGGAGAGGAAGAAUUUAUACUCAAUCUUUUUAUUUAUCUUAUCAAGGUGGAGAUUUAUCUAGUUCUUUAAUUAAUUUAUUUGAAGGAAAUUCUUUAAAUGAAAGUGGUUUAAAUUAUUUUUAUAUUUAUGGUGCCAAUUGUCACAAUGAAAAUGAUUUAUCUAAAGAAAGUUUUGAUUCUAGAAUUAAUUGGGUUAAAACAAAUUACGAUAAAAUUAUUAAUCUGAAUAAAGAUUUAAUUUUAAAAGCAGAUAAUUUAUUCUUAUUUACAUCUUUCUGUUUAAAUAUGAAAAAAAUACAUGAAGAUAAAAAUACUAAAAUAUAUAUGCCUAUUUACUUAGAUGCUACUUGUUCUGGAAUUCAACAUGUUUCUUCAUUAAUUUUAGAUUUAGAUAGCGGGAAAAAAGUAAAUUUAACUUCGCAAACUAAAGAUCAAAAAGUAGGAGAUAUUUAUACUGAAUUACUUAAACCUAUUAAUUUAGCUAUUAAUCAAAAAGGUAUAGAAAAUCCAGAAAAAUAUCCUGAAUUUAGACAUAUAAAAUUAAAAAGAAAAAAUAUUAAAACUCCUAUUAUGACUAAAAUUUAUAAUGUUACUGUUAUAGGUAUUGCGGAUCAAUUAAGAAAUUCUUUUGAAAAAGUAAAAAUAAAUAACAACACUUACUAUAAGGUACCUUCUUCCAAUGGUUCUGUGAGAAUCUCUUAUUUAGAUACUUUUGAGAUAGCCCAAAUAAUUAAUAAUGAGAUUUUUAAAAAUUUACCUUCAUUAAAAACCGUUUAUGAUUAUUUUAAAAGUAUAGUUAAAAUAUGCCUAAUGUUUAGUAUACCUAUAAGUUGGUUUACCCCUUCUGGAGUAAAAAUAACUCAAUCUUAUACUAGAUCUAUUCAAAAUAAAGUAUCUAUCUCAUUUAAAAAUAAAACUAAAAGCGCAAUAUUAAGAGAAUUUACUGGCAUUAUUGACAAUAAAAAACAAGCUCAAGCUAUUAUUCCUAAUAUUAUACGUUCUUUAGAUGCUUCUCAUUUAAUGAAUAUUCUAAAUUCUAAAGAACUAGUUAAUUAUCCCCUACUUACUAUUCAUGAUUGUUUUGGAAGCCAUCCUAAUAAUAUUAAACUUUUAAAGAACAUAGUUAUAUUAGAAUUUAUAAACUUAUAUGCUAAUGAAAGUUUCUUAUUACUAUUCCAUCAAAGAAUAAUACAAAACUUUAAAGAUAAUCAAUUUGAAUUCUUUGAGGAUGAAACAAAACAAUUAGUUAUUGUAAAUCCUAAUAAUAAGAAAAAAAUAAAAAAAGUCUACUUUCCUGAAUUACCUAAAUUAGGAAAAUUAAAUUUAAAGGAUAUAUUAAAGUCUGAAUAUAUAAUAACAUAA